CCGGUGAGAAGGUGGAACUUCAGAACACAGAGAAAUGAAACAUUUCAUUGAACAUUUCAUUUUUUGGGGUGUCUUCUGCCAAGUCCUAAUGAAAGCGUCAUUUGAAGACCAGCCUGAUGAUACCAAAAAGAAAGCUGAUCGUUUUGGAGUUGGUUGGUGGGAUCCUGAUCCAUGGAUAUCUGAACCUCAACCACCUGCGCCACUUGGUCCACCACCAUCAAGACCUCAACCCGCGCGACCUCCAGCGCCUUUAGAUCAGCCUCGACCUCCGGCGCCUCUCGUCCAACCUCCCGCACCCAUCCAGAACGUCCAUCAUCCUAAUAAUCAUGUGGAAAACGAUCAUGUGACUAGGGGUGGUAUGCACGCUGAAGAUAUUCAGUGCUUACAUUCGAAUGGUGUGACAUUCCUGUCUGCUGUCAUCAUACCUCCUGCCGAGUACACGUCCCAGCCUGUGUUUGAGGACGCAGCCGGGCCGAGCUACACAGCUGCUGACUGUGCCAUGAGGCCCAACGAAGGCUCGGGGUUCCAGAGGACCUUCGCAAUGUAUGUACAGCAUUUCAACAAAUGUGGGGUCAGGGUGCAGCAAGGAUCUGAUGGAAAGGAGUGGAUUUCAGUGACUAUUAGAUUUCCCUACAUGGAAGGUCUGCGCAUGGCUGAAGAUGAAUAUGUCAUGAUCAUGUGCAAGCCACAAGAUAGAAUUGCGACGACACAACACGUUAUGGACAUCCGGGGCUCCGCGGUGGAGGGUCGUUCCGUACAAACGAAAAAAGUGUUUCGAAGCGGACCUCGCGAUGUAGCCUGCCGAAUGUCUCUGAUGAGUCGCAGUCAAGGGUCCAGAACUUUCAACAGAGAGAUGAAGUCCGGCGCCACCGUAAGGGUAGGCCAGGAUCUACAGAUAAGGGCUAUGGUCAAAGAGGGUGAUGGGUGGAAUUUCGCCAUGCUGAAAGAUGUCGUUAUCACUCGAUUGUCCGGCAACAGAGCUUCGAGCAAUGCGCGUUCAUCUCAGUAUCCUCCGCAGGGGCAAGAGGGAGGUGCCAACAACAUAGAUGUAGAGGAGAAUGCGAUCUACCGAGACCAGAGGUUAGGUCAAUUCGAUGGCACCACAGCGCACGAUAUUGCCCAACUUGUGCUUUCCGAUGGAUGUCGGAAUCCUCAGUACAGACCCAUCGCUCCGUUCCAUCCACAGAGAGAUCCGAACAACCCACUGGCGGUGAAUUUCGUUUUCAAAGCCUUCAUGUUCCAGAAUAUGUUGGACGGGGAGACAUUAAGACUUUCGGCUCAGGUGGUCGCAUGUGCAGAACUAUCGGACUGCCAAUUGGCUUUCUGCAAUGGUGAAAUGGCAAGGGGGAAGAGAAGAAGAGACAUCAGAACUUUAGAUGGAGAGACACCCAACGUCAAGAAUUUCACGGAAGAUUUUCAGCUCGCUGUAACUUUAGGCGGAUUUUCACAAACUCCUUUCAUGUCUGUACCUACAGAUAUUCAAAAGAAACGCUCUUCCAUUGUGGGAGACUGCAAGCUGAUAUUGAUAUCUGUCUCCUGCGCCGCCAUCUUGUUUUGCUUGGCGACCACUUCAGCUGCCGCUAUUGCCAUUGGCAGUAAACGGAAAGGAAUUGUAUCGCCAAGAGAAGCAGAAGAAUUCAAACUUAAAAAGAAAUUAGAGAGACUGUAUCAGAAAAAAUGAAAAUCUGUCAUCUACACUGCAGAGCUUUGUUGAUCAUACUUAAAGAAUAUCAUUGCUCUUUCAAGAUGACAUAAUAUUUUUUACAGCUUACAUAACUACGCAUAUGUUUAGAGUGUUAACAAAUUUAAUGGAAAUUAAUACAUUCCAUUGCAACAUAUUCAGCAGUAUACUUCAGACUAGUAUGCCAAUAGGGUCCCCUGAUCUGUGUAUGACUUACGAUGCAAUUAUGUUUUAUAAAUCUGUGAAAUGGCUUAUGUUUGUAUUGUGAUCUAUCUAUGUGUCUCUGCUUAACCAAUUCUUUGAUGUGUUUUUUGUCUGUAAUUAUAUACUUAAUUAUUGUGGUGUUUUUCAUUUAGAUCUGUUUUGUAUUAUUUUGUGGGCAUGUUGUUUGUGUUAUUCAAUAUUCUACAUAUUCCAUAUCAUCUUAAUAUUUACACAAAUACUGCACUUUUAUCAAAUGUAAACAUUUGUUCAUCAUUUUAAGUUAAGUCUCAACAUUAAGACUUCCAAAGCUGCAAAAUGAUUCAUUUCAAGCAUCCAUAAUGUAAAAUGUAUGUUGGCAAUAAUUCACAAUGAGAAAACAAACUCAAAAUUUCCAUUGUAAUAGAAUUACAAAGCUGUUCCGCUCAUUCUCUUGAAUUUCUACCUGUGGAAUAGAAUGAUAAGAAAAGCUGUAGAAAUUGAUUUAGAUGGCUAAUUCGAGUCGCUAACCCAUUACUAAAUUAUUUUUAAAUGGUAUAUUAAAAUAGUUAUUUAUUCUAAAGUAAGGUUAUGCAGGUAAUAAUCAAACUUGAGAAACAAGACAAUUUCUAAAUACAUUUCAUAAAUUAUAUAUAAUCUUUACCAUUUCCUUCUGAAGUAAUAUUUGGAAAUUUAUUAAAAUUUACUGAUAUUUUAUAUUAUUUAAUAUUUCAUUUUUUUUUUCACGUUUUACUUUCUUUCACUUUGUACUAGUCCAGUUUGAAAAACGGGAAGAAUUUAGAUUUAAAUAUUCAAAAUAAACCGAUUAAAAAUGCUACAAAAAUAUAUGUCUUUGAUUGAAAAGUAAAAAUAAAAAAGGUGCAAACUGUAACGCCAGAGUUUAUUAUAAAACAUGUUAAAUAAAAUACAUUUAUCAUCUUUUUGAAAGUUUCUUAUAUUUAGAAGAAUAUUCAAUAUUAUGUUCAUUUUAGAGUUAUUUGAUGAUUUUUUGUUGAGACGAAAAUCUUCAAUACCUUAACACCUCAACAUCUUAAACUUAGAUUAAGACUUCCUAAGCUAGAAUGCUUAGUGAUGAACGAGCUCACAUUUGUAGAACUAUAUUGUUUAGAAACUUAAAUUUUUUUUUUCGUGCCUGAUUGGUACUUACAACAAAAUGAAGUAAACAUUACUGCUUGAAAAAAUGACAUUUU